AGAAAGUCUGUGUGUUCAGUGGAAUUUAGCAUUGUUUGUGUAUGUGCAGGAGUAAGCAUAUUCUUGUUAGUUCUCCUAGCAGCAACACUUGUCUCCAUUAAGUUACACAAGUCACGAAAAUUGGCGAACGUGAGAGCAAGAGAAGAUCAACUCAAGAUAGAGAAAUUCUUGGAGAAUUACAAUUCUCUCAAGCCCACCAGAUACUCUUAUUCUGAGGUUAAGAAGAUGACUAAACAAUUUAAAUGUAAAUUAGGACAAGGAGGCUAUGGCAGUGUGUUCAAAGGGGAGCUCUCAAAUGGAAUUCUUGUUGCUGUAAAGAUCCUCAAAGAACCAGCAGCCAGUGAUGGAGAUGAUUUUAUCAACGAAGUGGGCACCAUCGGUAGGAUUCACCAUGUCAAUGUGGUUCGUCUUCUUGGGUACUGUGCAGACGGAUACAAGAGAGCCUUGAUCUAUGAAUUUAUGCCCAAUGAAUCACUGGCAAAAUUCAUAUUCUCAUCAGAAGAUGCUGCUAACAACCCUCUUCGACAUUGGGAGAAGCUUCAGGACAUUGCAAUAGGUAUAGCGAGAGGAAUUGAAUACCUUCAUCAAGGUUGUGACCAGCGUAUCCUUCAUUUUGAUAUCAAACCUCACAAUAUUCUACUAGACAAAAAAUUUAAUCCCAAAAUUUCUGAUUUUGGGCUGGCAAAGUUAUGUGCCAAAGGUCAAAGCAAUGUAUCAAUGACAGCUGCUAGGGGAACAAUGGGUUAUAUUGCCCCAGAAGUUUUCUCCUGGAACUUUGCCAAUGUUUCCUCUAAAUCAGAUGUUUACAGUUUUGGGAUGUUGUUGCUUGAAAUGGUGGGAGGAAGGAGAAAUAUAGAUGUCUCAGUGGAGCACUCCAGCCAAGUAUACUUUCCUGAAUGGAUUUAUAAUCGCCUACAUCAAGGGGAAGAGCUGGGUUUGAGGAUGGUUGCAGAUGAAGAUGCUAAAAUUGCAAGAAGAUUGACCAUUGUAGCAACUUGGUGCAUACAGUGGUACCCAUCAGGUCGCCCUUCAAUGAAAACUGUGAUUCGGAUGUUGGAAGGAGAAAUUGAUAACUUGGAAAUGCCACCUAAUCCUUUUGUUUCAACAGCUCCAGGAGAGGCAGAGGCAGAGGCUGAGGCAGCAAUCUUGGAGGGAUCACAAGGCCCAACACUAGCAGUCAUCACUGAAGAGUAGCAAAGAUAAUAGUAGUUAGAGUAUGGUAAACUUCAGAUUCAAGUAUAGCUUAAAAUGAUCAAUUAGGAAAAGCAUGCACAAA